UCACUGAUGUGCACGUGUGGAGAAUUACAUUGUCCAGGGAGCACCUUUAGCCCAGGAAAGCUCCUGUAGGUCAGUGGGUUGCAGAGGGGAUGCGCCAUUGAGAUGGGCUCUCUGACUUCAGUGAGUGAUGGGAUCCUGAAGGACUGGAGGCCAAGUGCCAGAGUUUAAAUGCUGAAGACAAGGUGGGUGCAUUUCCCAUGAUGGGCACAGGGCGCGGUGGUGAUCAGUGGAUUGACUUCAGGCGUCCUGGGUGGUGGGCUGUUAUUCAUGUUGUCCCUGGGGAUGAAGAACAUUGACAGCUCUCAGAGUGUUGCUUGGGCUAUACCAGGAGAAACUCCAGGUUCAGGACCAGGGACAAACUGAAUCACCACAAUGGGAAGUCCUGACCGCUCACCCAGUUUCCAGACCAGCAUGAGCUGAUGGAGGUAGAGCUGUUUGACCUAAGUGAAGCUGGAGUCCUCCUGAGGAAGGAGCCUCAUGUAUUCCCCAGAGCUAAAUAUAUUUUUGACUGGCAUGAACCCUUUCUACUUCCAUGCAGUAAAUGUGAUUUUACACUGCUUAGUGACCCUCGUGCUGAUGUACACCUGUGAUAAAACUGUCUUCAAGAACCGUGGACUUGCUUUUGUCACAGCACUGCUUUUUGCUGUGCAUCCUGUUCACACCGAAGCGGUGGCUGGGAUUGUUGGCAGAGCUGAUGUGUUAGCAUGUCUUCUGUUUCUGCUGGCCUUUCUCUCCUACAAUAGGAGCCUGGGUCGGUGUUGUGCUGGGGAGUGUUUCCCUCCCACGGCUUCUCCGUUCUUCUUGCUGCUCAGUUUGCUUCUGGGGACCUGUGCAAUGCUGGUGAAAGAGACGGGCAUCACAGUGUUUGGAGUUUGCUUGGUUUAUGACCUCUUUUCCCUCUCCAGCAAGCAAGAGAAGUCGAGCAAUGGGAUCAUUCAUCAGCACAGCCCAUCACAGCCUGGGAGCCCCCGGCCCUGCUCAUUACCUGCCCACUCUCACCGGGAGAACGGGAAACAGCGGUUCCCUCACAAAGUUGCUUGGAGUGGUUGCCACUCCCCUCUGCCACCUGAAGCCAAGAGCAGUGGAUUCCUGGUGUCUCCGAGAGCUCUGUGGUCCCUGAUGAGGUAUCUCACAGCAAGCAGCAAUAGAAAUUUCCUGCUUACAAUAAGACCAUUUUUAAAAAGGGCCAUUUUGGUCAUAAGCUAUGUGAUUGUCAUUUUGUACUUCCGACUAUGGAUAAUGGGAGGAUCUAUGCCCCUGUUUUCAGAGCAGGAUAAUCCAGCUUCAUUUUCGCCUUAUAUUCUUACAAGACUCCUUACCUAUUCCUACCUCUUGGCCUUCAACGUGUGGCUUCUGCUUGCACCUGUUACCCUGUGCUACGAUUGGCAGGUUGGCAGCAUUCCUUUGGUAGAGACCAUAUGGGAUGUGAGGAACUUAGCCACCGUCCUCAUGGCAGUUGUGAUGACCUUACUGUGCCUGCACUGCCUAGCAGCCUUCAAGAGGCUGGAGCACAAGGAAGCAUUAGUGGGCUUGUUGUUCCUGGUGUUCCCGUUCAUCCCAGCCAGCAACCUGUUCUUCAGGGUGGGUUUUGUGGUGGCCGAGAGAGUCCUGUACAUGCCUAGCAUGGGCUACUGUAUCCUUUUUGUGCAUGGACUGAGCAAGCUCUGUACUUGGCUAAACCGGUGUGGGGCUACCACCCUGACGGUGUCCACCAUGCUGCUGCUGCUGCUUUUCUCUUGGAAAACUGUGAAGCAGAAUGAAAUCUGGCUGUCACGAGAGUCCCUAUUCAGGUCUGGAGUUCAGACUCUGCCCCACAAUGCCAAGGUUCACUACAACUACGCCAACUUCCUGAAGGACCAAGGUCGGGACAGGGAAGCAAUCUACCACUACAGAACUGCCCUCAAGUUGUAUCCACGCCAUGCAAGUGCCCUGAACAACCUUGGAACGCUGACUAGAGACACAGCAGAGGCAAAGAUGUACUAUCAGAAGGCACUCCAGCUCCACCCACAGCACAACCGGGCUCUUUUCAAUCUGGGAAACCUCCUUAAGUCCCAGGAGAAAAAAGAAGAAGCCAUCACCCUACUGAAGGACUCCAUUAAAUAUGGCCCAGAGUUUGCAGAUGCAUAUUCAAGCUUAGCUUCCUUACUAGCUGAACAGGAAAGAUUUAAGGAAGCUGAAGAAGUAUACCAGGCUGGAAUCAAGAACUGUCCAGACAGCUCAGACUUGCACAAUAACUACGGGGUUUUCUUAGUUGAUUCUGGCUCUCCAGAGAAGGCUGUGGCCCACUACCGACAGGCCAUCAAGCUCAGCCCGAGUCAUCACGUGGCCAUGGUGAACCUGGGCAGACUCUACAGGUCCCUGGGAGAGAACAGCAUGGCCGAAGAGUGGUACAAACGCGCCCUACAGGCGGCACGCACGGCUGAGGUCCUGUCACCCCUGGGAGCGCUUUAUUACAAUACCGGCCGGCAUGAGGAGGCCUUGCAGAUUUACCAGGAAGCUGCAGCUCUGAGGCCUGCACAGAGGGAGCUCCGCCUGGCACUGGCUCAGGUUUUGGCAGUGAUGGGUCAGACAAAGGAAGCUGAGGAGAUGACAAGUCACCUGAUAGCAGAGGAGGCUGGGUGCCUGGAAUGCUACCGCCUCCUGUCAGCCAUCUACAGCAAGCAGGAGCACCACGACAAGGCCCUCAAUGCUAUAGACCAGGCUCUCCAGCUGAAACCAAAGGACCCGAAAGUCCUGUCUGAACUUUUCUUCACCAAAGGAAACCAGCUAAGAGAGCAGAACCAUCUUGACAAAGCUUUUGAGAGCUAUAAAGCAGCCGUGGCACUGAACGCAGAGCAAGCACAGGCCUGGAUGAACAUGGGUGGAAUCCAGCACAUCAAGGGAAACUAUGUGUCUGCAAGAGCUUAUUAUGAAAGAGCCUUACAGCUAGUUCCAGACAGCAAACUGCUCAAGGAAAAUCUCGCCAAAUUGGAUCGCCUAGAAAAACGAUUACAAGAAGUUCGAGAAAAGGACCAAACAUAGCUCCAUCAGACCUGGUCCAUGGGACGGUGCUGGUGCUGGAAGAGGACAGAGGACCAAGGCCUUGCUCUCACACACGUGUGACACAGCCAGUGAAGCUGUCCUCAGCUCCCAGUGCAGGGGGCAUGUUUGGGGUCAUCUGUGCUGAAGGAUCACACUUCUAUGAAUGAGGACAAAACAGCAGAAAGGAAAGAAAGGUCUGAGAAAGAAGGAAUAGCAACUCUGCAUUUCACAGAUUUGUGUUUGGUUUAAUUCCCAGUUUCCCUAGAUACAUUGCUGUGCUUUUGCGAUGUGGAGAUCUAAUUCUAGUUCUUACUUUAGAACUUUCAUAUCUCAGAACUACAGAAGUUUAACAUGCUAUAAAGGCAGAGAAUCUAUUCUUUAUGGGAUGAGCUUUUUAAAAAGGGAUAAAUCCUCUGGGGUCAGCCAUCUGGUAGUGUACCAAGGAGAGGCUCAGUUAAUUCUCCAGAACCUGAAACUGAUAUCUAAUAGCUUUUGUAGAGCAUUCCAGAAUAUAUGGGAGAAAGGGCUAUCGGUAAGUGGGCUCUAUCUAACAUUCCCCUGAAGGGUAUUACUAAGGACCUUUUGAAGAGUAAAUUAAAUUCCACUCUGAUGUAAGUUCUUCCAUUGCUUAAUAUAUCAAGAGGGAAUCUUCUAGAAUUGGAUAGGGAAAGUCUCUAACAGGAAAAUGAAGGAGCUUGAUACUCCUAAUUCUUUAUGGAUUUAUUUAAAAUUAUUUUAAUUCUGUUCCAAGUAUUACUAGAGUAGUGGUUCUACUCUAAGACUUCAAAAGUGCAUUUAAAGUCAUAAAUGUUCCCACCUUUAAAUAUUAUUUUGGUGGAGGAAAAAAAUAGUAUAUUCUACAUAGAAAAUAGAAAAGAUAUUAACUGAGAGGAACAUCCUACUUUAUUAUCUUAAUGUCAAGACAUCACAAGAUGUAUUAUUUUUCUGAAGACUAUAUUUAACCAGUGAGGAAUCUUUACAGCAUAUAACAGAAAUCUUCAUAAACUAGCUAGAUUGAAAGAGAGCUCUAUUUAUUUGUCUUCCUAGGCUUCAGGAGAAUUGCAUGCUUAAAACAUGAGUGACUGAAACCCAGGGUUUAUUCCAGAUUUGUAAUUUUGGACACUUCAUGGAGAAUAUUCCAAAAAUCUAGAGUGAAA